AAAUAUUUUUCUUUCAGGUGUUGAAUGUUUUUUGUUGAAUUAUUUUUAUAUAACAGCAGCUGUUGUAAAUCAUUCAAUCUUCAAACAAUUCACUUUUAUCUUAGUCAUCAUUCCAAAUUAUCCAGUUAACAUUCACAAUUUUUUAGUUUCUAUGUUUCGGUUUUCAAAAUGUUUUAACUGAGAGAAAAGAAAAAAGGCUCACAAAAUUCUAAACAAAUGAUCAAACUUUUCUGAUCAGCCACAAUAAAUUAUGACUUGGAAAUUUUUGCGUCUCUGUUGAUCAAUGCUUGUUGGUCACUUUUCUCUCAUGAAAAUUCGGUGUAAAACUUCCUUGUAAUCGUUUUCGGUGUUGAAGAUGUAUUAAAUUGCAAUAUUGAAUAUUGCUUGUAAAAUUAUAAAUAUAAUUGAUCGCCUGUACAAUAAUUCAAGAAUAAAUCACAAUAAAGCAAAAUGUUGAAGGUAUUGAGAAAAUUAAGUCAAACAAAUUUGGCGAAGGAAGUAUGCCAUCAGAGUAAGAGAUGUGUUUCAGCCAAGUGUGUGGAUAAUUCAACAGGUUUGGUACUUGGAACUUAUAUAAGAGGCUCAGAAGAUAAAGUGGUUCCUGAAUUAACAGAAACUGCCUUGAAGUACAACAUUGUAUCAGAAGGAAAGUUGGUGAGCUUGUUGGGAAUAUCUGGACCACCACCCAGGAAACAUGAAUACAGAAUUUUAAAUGGAGUAGAGUCAACCUACCCAAAUGUGACCAUGAUAGGACUGGGACACAACUGCGUGGGAUACAAUGAAGAGGAAGAAAUUGAUGAAUGCAAGGAGAAAAUACGUGAAGCGGCAGCUACAGGUGUGAGAGUUCUAUCAGAUAUUUGUUAUUCCAAAGUGAUUUAUCUGGAAGAUUUUGGACAUGCUGAAUCGGCUGCAGAGGGGGCAGUUAUGGGGCUGUGGAAGCAUCAGGAGCACAAGACAGAUCCUUCGAAAGCAGAUGUUCCCAGACUUCAACUCUUCAAUAGCUGUGAUCUGGACAGCUGGCAUAUUGGCUUGAUCAAGGGUGAAGCUCAGAAUCUUGCUAGACGACUAUGUGAGUUGCCUGCUAACAUGCUGGUUCCUAGAAGAUUUGCAGAGUUUGCAGUGGAUUUCAUGUAUCCUAUGGGUAUCAACAUUGAGAUCAAAACCACGCCCUGGUUGAAGGAUAUGGGAAUGAACGCAUUUCUUGCUGUAGCUAAGGGAUCCUGCCAUGAACCAAUCCUACUUGAAGCUAGUUACAUUGGUUGUGAUCCUUGCACCCCACCGAUUGUGAUGAUCGGAAAGGGUGUUACCUUUGACACUGGUGGUUUCUGCUUGAAAACCCCAGAAGACAUGUGGCAUAAGAGGGGUGAUAUGUCUGGUGCGGCAUGCGUCAUUGCAGCAAUGAAGGCAGCUGCCACCUUGCAACUUGCUGUCAACAUCCGUGCCCUGAUUCCUCUGUGUGAGAACAUGUUGGGCCCCAAUGCCAUGAAACCAGGUGACAUUGAACGUGCCAUGAAUGGCAGGACGAUUGCUAUUGAUAGUACCGACACUCAGUCAAAACUCAUAAUGACAGAUGUCUUAUCUUAUGCUGCCAAAUUCAAGCCAACCUUUACAUUGGAUAUUGGAACAUUGAGUAGAGGUGUGCGAUCUGGUUUGGGGUCAGCAGCUACUGGAGUAUUCACCAACAAUGAAAAACUGUGGGAAAAUAUGCGACUUGCAGGCAUCCAUACAGGAGACAGAGUAUGGCGUCUUCCUCUCUGGAACCAUUUCGACAAGUUUGUCAAAUACAGUGAUAUUGCUGAUUAUGCAAAUACUGCUGACGCUUUGGGGUCAGCUUGUCGUUCAGCAGCUCUAUUGAAGCAGUUCGCCUGUGGAGAUUGGAUUCAUCUGGAUAACUAUGGAGUUGCUCGUGAAGCUGAACCGUCUGCCAGAUAUCUAAGACCUGGUAUGACUGGUAGACCAACUCGAACUCUGAUUGAGUUCCUGGCGCAGUGUACCAUUGCUUCUAAUGGCGAUGUUAAGACUCCAAGUGAUGAAAAAUUGAAACUGAAAGCGGCAUCUGGGAAAUGAAGCAGAGAUAAUUCUGGAUAGGCCUAUAGAUUUUCCUGGAAAUACAAAAAGUAAUCACAUAGUUUGUUUUAAAUAAAAAAUUUAAAAGCUUUCAAAAAUAUUGUGAUUUGUACAGUACAUGUUCGAUACAGAAAUAAAAAAUACAGACGUGAUGGAUACUCGAUUAUUUAAAACUAACUAGCUGCAAUUUCAUGCUACAUUGAACAAUUUAAAAAUAUAAAAUUAAACUUUGUCUUCCCAAUAAAUAAUCAUGAGAAGAGAA